GUUUUCUCUAUUCAGUGAAAUCUUUUGCUCUUGCUAAUCAAAUUUUUGUGAUUAUCGAGUAAUGAGUAAUUAUCGAGCGAUAAAUUUGAUUGCAUAUUGAAUUAAUUUUACCUUUUUCAAAUCUUCUACCGUAAUUUUUGUGAGAUCAAAGAGGGCGUCUUUUGGUACAUCUGUGCUUGAUUAUUUUGCAGUUUAUGCGAACCGAUAAGCCUAUCGAAUGGUCUGGGAAUGUCUUUAUUUUGCGCGUAAACAAUGAACUUACGAAAUAAUAUUUGUAAUCUUUUGAUUGUUCAAAAAUCUGAUGCAUAAAUAGUGAAGUUUAUCCAAUGAGAAUUUCAAUUUAUGCCAGUUUAUUUUUCGUGAUACACAAGUGUUUGACAACAAUAUUCAACAUUGUGUUAAUAGUGAAUAACGUUUUCACAGUCGAUUCCAAUCAAAGUGCUCAAAAUGGCUAAAAUCACUUCCAAAGAGGUUUGGGAACUUUCUAAACUUUUAAGAAUCGAUGUUUUCUUCUUUUUAGCAAUUUUGAGUAGUUCAUUGCCUGGAAUUGCUCUCAACCAACUGAUGCAGGAUAAAUAUUGUAUCAACAAAUAUUCGCAAAAUGAAAGUGUCUGUUUAAAUUUGGAAACUGCUGGACCUGAAUUUGAUGCAGUCAAGAAUGGUGUAUUGAAAGACACAACGACACUUAAAAUGAAUAUCACUCUAAUGACAACAAUACCAGCGAUACUUUUAUCACUCAUUUUGGGUUAUUGGAUGGAUAAAUAUCCUGGUCAUCUACGAUAUCUUCUUGGUGUUGCACCUUUAGCGAAAAUCUGUCAACACGUCAUGAUUAUACAUCAAUGUUUACACUUUGAAAUGGUCGCUGACUCGUUAUUAUGGGCACAUUUGGUUCCAGUGCUCACCGGCAGCGGAAUUAUUGUCACAAUAGGAACCUAUACUUAUGUAACAAGAAAGACACCAGCCAAGUUUCGAGCUGUUAGGUUUACAAUACUCGAAAUUGGCUUAUUUGCAACCAUGCCUAUUGCAAACCUUUUGGGUGGAGGUUUACUCGCAUCUAAACCAUGGUUCCCGAAUCAGCAUCGUAACUACAUUGGAGUUUAUAUCAUUUCAUCUGUAUUUGGGGUUAUUGCGGCUAUUUGGGUUAUGGUGUUUUUAUAUGACGCUGCUGACGAGCAGGUUAAAACAGAUGAAUCUCAAGCAAAUGGUGAUGCUUCAAGUUUUGAAAAUAAUGAAAAUAAAAAUAAAACAGUGAAACAAAUAAUUUACGAUAUAAUCAAACCAGAAAAUAUCCUUCAUGCAAGUCGCACAGUUUUCAAAAAAAGACCAAAUAAUGCUCAUUGGUAUUUGAUAGCAACAAUACUGGCUGGAUUUAUAUCAAACAUUUGUUAUUUGGGUGAACAAAGUAUAGGAUUCCAGUUUAGCCAAAAAGUAUAUCAUUGGAGUGCUGAACAAAUCGGAAAUUACGGUUCCAUUGUCAUUGUUUUCCCUGCUCUGGGUGCAUUUAUUGGUCCUCCACUAUUCAUUCAUAAAAUGAAUCUUCAUGAUACUUCAUUGGCCAUAAUUGGUAUUGUUUCAAUAAUGGUUGCUUUUAUCAGCAAAGGUUUUAUCCUCAGUCCAGUAGCCUUCUUCUUCUCCAUAUUUGGUUCUUUUGCUGGUGUUAUAUUUGUUGCUGAUCGAUCAAUCAUUUCACGUUUGAUUCAUAAAGACGAGAUUGGACAAAUCUACGCAUUUUCAUCAGCUAUUGGCGGAUUCGCUCCAACAAUUUCAUCAGUGUUUUACAGCAAAGUAUUUACAGCAACAUUGAGCUCUAAUCCUGGUCUUGUGUACAUAAUUACUGGUUUAUUUUUCUCUAUUCCUUUAGCUAAUGCUAUUGUACUCAAUAUAAAAAAGCAGAAAUGGGAUUUAGUUUUGAUUGCUGAAAAGGAAAAGGAAAGUCAAGCAAACAAAAUUGAACUUACAUCUAAAAAAUAACGGAAUCAAUUCACUGGAUACUUCCUUACAUUAAUAUUAGGUUGAUAACCGGCAUCGCAAAUGGCAUCGAUAAUUCGUUGCCAUCUUUCCGUUAAUAACAUAAUUUCAAUGCGAAGUAGAUGUUAAAUAUCUUCACUAAGUCUUCAUUCAAAACAGCUCUAAUCACUCAUAUCUUGCAAAUAAUUCAACCAAAAUUUUAUGAUGCUUCAAUUAUACAUAAAAACCCUUUUGUGUCAAUUUUUGUAACAUGAAUUAAUAUAAUAACAUUUCACAUUGUGAUAUAUCAAUAACUGGAUAAAGAUGAAGAAUUAAACUCUACUGAUUAAUUGUAAUAAAUGUCCAAUCAAACAAGUGAAUUGAUACACUUAAAAAAAUGAGAUCAAAUAUACUGUUAAGGAAUAUCUAUUCUAACAAUUUGUAAGUGUUCAAAGAUGAGGUAAAGAUUGAUUGAAAAGCUAUUUUUAAGUGAAAAAAGCUUCAUUUCUCAAUUCAGAAAGUUCAACAAGUGAAACUCUUUUUUAUAUAAAACUUACUGCUAACCGUUUGAACAAUAUAUUUCACUAAACCUAAAUCACGAUGACACUUGUUCAAUCAAAAGUAAACUCUUUUUUGUUUGUAAGUCAAUCAAUCUAAAACUAACGUGAUUCUUUCUUUAGACCAAACCUUAAUUUACUCCUUAUUUACUUA